CCCGCAUUAGAACGUCAUACAGCGACACCACUUUGCCUACAUAAGAGGGAACGAUAACAGUCGCCGCCGUUGUGGCAUGCAAUACCCACACUUCCUAGAAUGAUGAUGUAUAGUAAUUCAUAGAUCGUCAUGAGGCGGAAACAACAGACUCCGUGUUGUGACAGUACCACCAAGUAAAACCUUUCAGCACAGCAACAUAAGAGGAACCAUGGAGGACUGUGAGUGGGAAGGAGGAGGAUGAAUGUAUUUCCGGCUCUGUCACACACAAACCGUAAUCUACGAACCUGUUGCAUGUGUUAACUGUAAAUAAAGUUCUGGGCAAUUGAAUUGCUGCCCAUGGGAAUUGAAGUCUUACGCGGUCCAGUUUCCGUCUAUAUUUCGAGUAUGCAACGCUGUGAGCUGGAUGGUGACAGGUCAGCUGUUCGUAUGGGUAUCGUUCUGUCCAAUGGGAGGUGACCUGUAUAGGGCUCGGUGUGGUAUGGCUUCCCGGGCGAGCAUCUGUAAGCCUGAAAGAAAUGAUUCUUUGAAAGUGAAAGUGCCCAGUUCCAUAGAGAGCUCACAGCAGCUGGAGCCUGAGAUUCUGAAUUGUGCUGUACAGCUGUCUGUCUAUCAUAGAACAGAGAGGUCUGGCUGCAGCAGAGAUAUCCCCGAAGGCCUAUCAGACAUACCAGAAAAGAAUAUUUUACCACAGAAUUCAUAUGCUAGUGAUGACAGGACAUGCUCAGCUGAGAUGGAACCACUUACAAAAAGGACAUCAGGCGAUUGGUCAUCAGCAGUUGAUGAAGAAAGAGACAUGGGUGGCCUGUGUGAACACAGUAAGAAGUCCAAACUGCUUAAUGAUCACCAAGAUCGAUUUAGCGAAAAUCAAGUUUUAAUUGCACAUGCUAAAUCCACAAGUCUGGACCUAAUACCUUCAGUCAAGUUACAGAAUGACCUGAUUCAACACCCAUGUAAGGCUGAUGACUCUACAGGAGCUAAUGCUGUGGAUAAUGAUAUGAAGUACCCAUCUAGUGAUGCACAAAUAGACGCCGAAGAUUGUACUGGUACUGAGACAAAGAAUGGAAAAGAGCAAUUGGUUGCGUCACAAUUAGAAAAGCAAAUUACUUCAUCUUUGGACAAUGAAGAAGAUCUUUAUCGAGAUGAAGAGGAAAUUGAAAAAGAUAAGAGUAAGAUAGUGCCUGCUGCUACUGAAAGGAUUGUUGCAGGUGAUCAUAAACUUGGAGUGGGGCCAGAGAUGGACAUUGUGGAGUACUGUAAAAAAGAAUGGCGCGGCAAGACAACAGUUGCACAGAUAAUGAAAAAGGGCUAUGAACAAGUGUCUCAUUCCUUUGGUUCCAUAAGGAGGGUGAGGGGAGAUAACUACUGUGCCUUGAGGGCUACAUUGUUCCAGGCUCUUAGUCAAACUGCUAAGCUCCCUGAGUGGCUUGAUGAUUCAGAGCUUAAUCAAUUGCCUAAAAGGCUCGCUACAAAACAUGAAUGGAUUAAGUUGUGGCGGUUCUGGAAUGUACAUGGAGGCAAAGAUGUUGAAGUCCGACUCAAGGAAUAUAUUGAUUUGCUCAAGGAGAAGUGGGCAGCUUUAAGCAGAAUGAAGACACCAGAGGAGAGGCAGGCAGCUUGCGAUGAGAUCUUUACCAAUGAGGAAGUCGAGUAUUGUCUCUAUGAAGGGGUAAAAUUUGUGAUGUUGAAAACAGCCAUUGAUUUAUACAAUGCAAAUAACGAGGGCAUGGAAGUGCCAGUGUUCUCAUGGUUGCUUUUUGCUCGGAACACGUCCAGCAAUCCUUGUGAGUUUAUGAAGAAUCACUUGAAUCAAGUGGGGCACUCUGGAGGACUUGAGCAGGUGGAAAUGUUUCUUCUUGGAUACGCGCUUCAGCACACUAUCAAGGUGUAUCGGUUGUACAAAUGUGGAACAGAUGAAUUUAUUACAUACUAUCCCAAUGACAAGACAAAUUGGCCUACAGUGACUCUGAUAACCGAAGAUGAUCGACACUAUAACGUGCCUGUCCGAGUGUGUGAAGAAACAAGUGUAUAAAUACAUACAAAUGGGGUUUUUUCAUACAAUACAAGAAUUUCUUGUUCUGCAUACAACCAGCUUUUACAAAGCAACUGUAAUUUGCUUUGUUUUGAACAGUGGAAGUAAACAUUGUUAUCAAAUAUGACUUUUUUUUUUUAUAUACUAUGAAACAUCCUGUAUUUCUAGAAGAAAGGUGCCUCUUGGAGCUUGUACAUCAGACUAAGCUCAGUUUAGCCUACAUAUGAAGCAGGUUUUAUUGAUGUAAACGGCACACAGAGUCACGCUCUUUUUUUUCCUUUUUAAAAGAAUGCUGUGCCAUGUGCACUAUGUGCACCAUAUUUCCCAAUAAAGUUUGCUCCAUCUGUAUGUUCUGCUUUUUUACCAUAAGUCACUGAUAUUGCACUGAAGGAAAAAAAAACUCAGAUGCAGUUUGUGUAGCAGUGUUUGAAAUGAAGUAUAUUAAGAAACACUGCCUUAUUAGAGAAGUGAUGGGGAAAAAUGAACAUUGAGUAAUGUCAUAAUUAUACUGGAUAUAUGAUGUGUUAGUGUUGUGUGUAUGUUUGAUGGUAAGGAAGACAUUUAGAGAAAAGGAAGAGUGUAUUUAAUGUUACAAAUUAAAAAUGUAAAU